GAGGCGCAGCGAAGUCGAGGCGCGGGGCCCCGCCGCGGUCCCAGUACCUCCCCGGCCGCGCGUCCCAGCGUGGCGUCCCCGCUCCCCGCCCGCCGCCCCGGGGCCGGCCUGGGGGGCCGAGCGAGCCGAGAGUCCGGCGUCCCUAUGCGCCGCCGCGCCGCCGGCUCGCCCCAGCUAUGACCCUGAGCACGGAGAUGUCCGAUGCCUCCGGCCUCGCCGAGGAGACAGACAUCGACGUGGUGGGGGAGGGCGAGGACGACGACGACGAGGAGGACGAUGAGGACGAGGGCGGCGGCGGCGGGCCGCGGUUGCCCGGCUCGGCCCGGCGGCGGCGGCGGCGCUCCUACGCCGGGGAGGACGAGCUCGAGGACCUGGAGGAGGAGGAGGACGACGAUGACCUGCUGCUGGCCGCGCCGCCCGCCGCGUCCCCCGCGCCUCCGGGCCCCGCGCCCGCAUCGGGGACCGGCACGGGAGGCUGCAGCGGCGCGGGGGCGGGAGGCAGCUCGGGAAGCGGCGCGGGCGGGGGCGGCGGGGCCAAGAACCCGCUGGUGAAGCCACCCUACUCGUACAUCGCGCUCAUCACCAUGGCCAUCCUGCAGAGCCCCAAGAAGCGCCUGACGCUCAGCGAGAUCUGCGAGUUCAUCAGCGGCCGCUUCCCCUACUACCGGGAGAAGUUCCCCGCCUGGCAGAACAGCAUCCGCCACAACCUGUCGCUCAACGACUGCUUCGUCAAGAUCCCCCGCGAGCCGGGCAACCCGGGCAAGGGCAACUACUGGACGCUCGACCCGGAGUCCGCAGACAUGUUCGACAACGGCAGCUUCCUGCGGCGCCGCAAGCGUUUCAAGCGCCAGCCGCUGCUCGCCCCCCACGCGGCGGCCGAGGCGCUGCUGCUGCGUGGCGCGGGGCCGCCGGGUGGCGCGGGGGACCCGGGCGCCGCGCUCUUCCCGCCGCCGCCGCCUCCCGCCUGCGGCUACGGAGCCUACGGCUGCGCCUACGGCCUGCAGCUGCCGCCCUGCGCGCCGCCCUCCGCGCUCUUCGCCGCCGCCGCCGCCGCCGCCGCCGCCUUCCACCCGCACUCGCCGCCGCCGCCGCCGCCGCCCGGUGCGGCCGCUGCCGAGCUGGCGCGGACCGCCUUUGGCUACCGGCCGCACGCGCUCAGCGCCGCCCUGCCCGGCCCGUUGCAGGCUGCCGCGGUCAAGGCGGGAGGCCCGGGGGCAGCGGCGCUGGCGCGCUCGCCUUUCUCCAUCGAGAGCCUCAUUGGGCGCGGCCGGGGUCCCGCCGCCGCCGGGGUGCAAGCCUCACCCGGGCCGGUUAGCGGGACAGCACCGGGGCCCGGGGGCGGAGGCUGCGCGGCGCAGGCGGCCGCGGGCCCGGCUGCCGCGCUCACCCGCUCGCUCGUGGUCGCCGCAGCGGCCGCCGCCUCGUCCGUGUCAUCGUCGGCCGCGCUGGGGACUCUGCACCAAGGGACUGCGCUGUCCAGUGUGGAGAACUUUACCGCUAGGAUUUCCAAUUGUUAGAAACGCCGCCGUUAGCGCGCGUGAAAAAGCGAAGGUAGGACUCCUGGCUCUUUUCUGCGGAUGGGUGGUUGGUUUUGUUCGCCCCUCCCUCCCGGCCCUCGGCGACCUGGCGCCCCCAUUUUCGCAGCUUCGGAUUCUUGGACCGGACUGUGUU